GCCCCCGGAGGCCGCCUGACGCCGGGGCGGGCGGAGCGGCGGGGCGGCAUGGCAGCGUCCCGCGGGGCCGAUACAGAGUGUAUUUUGGAGCCUCUGUCUCUGCCGGAAAGUCCAGGUGGUGCUGCUGCUAUAGAAAAUUCUCCCUACGUGCCUUGUAUUUUCUGCAAAGAAUGCUAUCUUACAGCAGAACAAAGCCAGCUCCUGAAGCACAUGAUUAUUGAACACAAGCUCGUCAUAGCAGAUAUGAAACUGGUUGCAGAUUUUAGAAGAUACAUCUUGUACUGGAAGAGGAGGUUUGCCGAGCAGCCCAUCACAGACUUUUGUAGUGUGAUAAGAACAAAUACGGAAGCUCCAUUAGAAGAACAGGAUAAUUAUUUUCUUCUGUGUGAUGUUUUACCAGAAGACAGAUUACUUAGAGAACAGCUUCAGCAAAAGAGACUGAGAGAAAUUCUAGAACAGCAACAGCGAGAGAGAUACGAUACAAGUUUUCAUGGCAUAUGUAUGUUCUGUGACCAAGAAUUCACAGGAAACAGGUCUGUCCUUCUCAAUCAUAUGGCAAGAGAGCAUGCUUUUAACAUUGGGCUGCCAGAUAACAUUGUGAAUUGCUGUGAAUUUCUGGCUGUAUUACAGGAGAAGCUCGACAAAUUGCAGUGUUUAUACUGUGAAAAAGUCUUCAGAGACAAAAACACACUUAAAGAUCACAUGAGAAAGAAGCAGCAUCGCCGAAUCAAUGCCAAAAACAAAGAAUAUGACAAAUUUUAUAUCAUUAAUUACUUGGAAUUUGGAAAGUCCUGGGAGGAAGUGCAGUCAGAAGAUGACCGGGAAUUACUAGAUAACCUAGAAGAAGAUUGGUCUGACUGGGAAGAGCAUCCUGUGUGUGCAGUUUGCCUGUUCUGUGAACAACAAGCAGACACCACAGAAAAAUUGUAUCUUCACAUGCAGAAAUCACAUGGAUUUGACUUUCCUAAAAUAAAAUCAGAUCAUGGUAUGAACUUUUAUCAGCAAGUGAAGCUACUGAACUUCAUCAGAAGAGAAAUCCAUCAUGGUCGUUGUUACAACUGCCAGGAGAAAUUUCAGUCUAAAGGAGGAUUGAUAAGUCAUAUGGAAGAAACCAAGCACAUUACAUUCUUGCCAGCCAGGUCUACAUGGGAUCAACCACAGUAUUAUUUUCCUACCUAUGAAAAUGAUACACUUCUGUGUACUCUGUCAGACAGUGAGGAUCUGAUGACUGAGGAUCAAAGUGAAGAUGUCCCUGUUCUAAGUGAAGAUAUAUCCAAUUUAAAAGCUCUCAAACAAAGCAGUGUUUUAAACCAGCUCCUGUAUGAAGAGAACAAGAGUCAGGAGGAAUUUUGACCUUGAAUUACCAUUGCUGACCUUUGUGUGUUUCUUCUGCAAGACAAAAAAAGAUACAUUUUUUCACUAAUACUGGAACAGAGUUUCACUCGUAGAUAUUAUCACUGGGCACAUGUUAUAUGAAAGUGAAUGCUAAAUAAAAUUUAAGUGUAAA